GUUGAACGUGCUGGAGCGCGAGUGCUUAAAGUUCAAACCUAUUUUCAGUGUAAAGUGCUUUCGACUUAUAACGUUUAUAAUUUUGUAUACGCUCAAGACGCGUACUGUGUGAUUUUCGCUGUUUGUUCGACAUUACUUCAAAAUGACUCCUUGUAAAGAUCCAAACCCUUGUGUGAUUUGUGGGUCUGGGGCCGAGUUGAUGUGCCACCGUUGCGGGGAGCCCUAUUGCAGCGCAGACUGCCAGCAGCAGGAUUGGCAGCGGCACAAGUAUUACUGCACCCCCAUGCCCGCUUUGGUGAAAAUAAACGCAAACGUUAAGAAACCCCUUGAAGAGGUGGAGGAGGUGCAGAAGCCAUUACCGCUCAAGACGCUCGAGUCGAAUGUCCCGAAACCGACAGUCGAAUCCAUGGACAUCAAAAGUCCUGACCAGAGAUCCAAUCUAGAGGUGCCGAAUGAAAAACCGCUCCAAGAGCAGGUGCGCGAGCCUAAUGCCCCGAAACCGACAGUCGAUUCCACGGACAUCAAUAGUGUCAUCGAGAAUGUCGAAAAGAAGCCGGUUUCUGAGCCGUUAUCGAAGGCCUGGCGCGAAGCCUACUUGCCAUCGGGCGAAGACUUCUUUGAAGCCAGGGUGACGUACAUGGAGAAAGAGGGUCCGUUCUGGGUCGUCGAGGCCAGCCAUGUGGAGCGCCUGGAGCGCCUUAUGGACAAUUUGAUGAGACAAAUGAUCCUUAAAAAGCUCGAGCGGGUCGAUAAUGUUGAGAGUGGCUCACUGGUGGCCGUCGUUGUGGACGGCAAGGUCCAUCGCGGACAUGUGGUUGCCGUCAACGGGCAGGAAAAGACGGCCGAAAUCCGGAUGAUUGACAACGGAGCUCUGGUUGCCGUCCAGUUUCAAGACAUUUACAAGGGAAUUCCCAAAAUGUUCGACAUAAAGGCUUUCGCUUUUCGCGUCAAGCAACCAACAACCACGGGCGUUCAGCUCAAUAAAAAUCUAAGCCUUCGAUUCGUUAGUAACAAAAUGGCGGAAGGGUUUUUCAAUGUACAAAUGAAGCCCAAAAUGACCAUACCGCUCAACCUACCCACCGAGCUGCUCAAAGUAACUCCCGAGCUGACCGUCGUUAAAGUCUUUGAAAAAGACAUUUCUAAUUUGAAGUCGGAGACGAUCUUGGUUCAGCUGAAGGCUCUGGACAACAUCAACCAUGAAUUGAACGAAAUUUUGACCAAAAAACCUGUUCAAAAUUUGAACGGACCAUUUCCGGAUGAAAAGUGUACAUUCUUUUUGGCGGCUCGCACCAAGGAUGGCUACCGCCGUGCAUUUCUGCUAGACCAUAUCGAGUUCCCGACACCCACAUUCCUCGUCUACGAGAUGGACGAGGGGAAAGUCACCUUAUGUAGCGAUGUUUGUCGGAUUCCCAGCCAACUGCUGGGUCUGCCCAUGCGAGUGUUUAGCAUCGCGCCCCAAGAACCCAUCUAUAGCAGCCUGAAGGAAGAGGGCAGCGGUGAUGAACUUUCGGUCAAGUUCAAACAAGAGCUUCCUUACGGCAAGGACAGGCUGAGGACUCUGAACGCCAACUUGUUGUCCAAGAACGGGAAAUCCUAUGGCCUCGUGCGUCUGAAUAUUUUCCUUGGUACAGUGGCUGACUUAGGACACAAGUUCUGGCGGCAUCCCAUCAAUAAUACGGACUUGGUUUAUAUCACCCACGUGGUUAGCUACCGUGAGCUUUACAUCAGCUCCAAAGACACCCAGCGGUAUGCCAGUAUUUUCAAAAGUCUGGAAUCUAAAUGCAGCCCGUUUAAGGAAAACACUGAAAUCCCUGUUGGAGGCAUCGUGCUGGUCGUCUGCCCCAAGCUGGGAACCUUCCGUGGAGAGAUAAAAAAUAUAAGUAAGAAUGGCGAGUACGAUGUGGAGAACGUGGAUACAGGUGCCCGUCACACCGUGGACUUCAAAGUGCUGCGUGUGUCAUGCCGCUUCCUGGAGAACUUGCCGGUGAGCCUGAUGCGUGUCAAGUUGAAGACACUUCGCGAUAUUCCGGAGGCAGCCGUACCGCCAAACAGCGGGGCCCCAUCCUUGCUAAAUGCGAUCUGCGCUCAGCAGGAGAUCUUUGUUCUGGACAUGCCCAGCUCCAAUCUAUUGGUUGAUCUAUUGCCCAGGUCCGGUGAUCAGGAGUCUUUGGUGGGCCGAAUCCUGCCCGUUAUGUUUACGCCGGCCAAGAGUGAGGAAACUUCACCUCCAGCCAAGCCUACUCCUUCACCAAGCACGGAACAAGUUUCUCCUCCGGCCGUUUUAUUGGAGCCAGUUUCGUCGGUCAAAUUGCCACCCUCUCCACCAAGCUCUCCUGAUCAAACUUUUUCGGUGGAUGCUCGGCAACUUCUGGAGCUUUCCACAGCCAGUGUUAAGCAGAUUAUGCCUUUUGAACGCUUCUACUACGCCGAUUUGACCAAGCACCUGGUGCCAUUGGGGGAGAAUGUCGAAAUUAUUUGUCUCAAUGCCGUCAACUUGCAGAAAACUGGAUUUAUUACAGCCUGCUUCUUCCUUAACGAAAAAGUGGCCGAAAACUUCCAGAACUUGCUUGCGUUGGUGGCUCACCACGGCACUUGUGUCCAUAACUCGGUCACCACCUACACUCCAGGAAUUGGAGAACUUUGCCUGGCGAUCUAUAGCGGAGAUGAUGGCUGGUAUCGUGGUGUCUGCCUCGAGAACGACAACAAGAUGAUCAAGAUUCUGUACUGCGACUUUGGUAAUAUUGAGACUGUGCCUUUGGAGAAAAUCAAGCCCCUUCCCAACGAUGCACUGCAUCCUGUGUAUGCCACCAAGUGCUUCAUUGAUGAUUUCGAUAAGACCGAGGACUUUACCCCUCUGGAGGAAUAUCUCACCCGUCACGCCCAGAUUAAGUGCCAUGUUCGCAAUGGACCGGAGACCGACACACGUAUCAUAACCAUCCCGAACCUGGACAAUAUCCUGACUAAAGUCGAGACCUAAUUUAAGAAUUUUCAAAAACAUUGACAAGAUUGAUUCCUUUUCGCUACUUUUUGAUACUUAUUAGGUUUAAGUGUACACAGGAUGUGUACUUACCAAAGGCUUUGAAAGCCUUGCCUAUUUUUUUUUUUAUCCAUAUUUCAU